AUGGACGCAGGGAACCAUUCCUGGGGCUCCGUCUUCAUCCUGGAGGGGCUCACAGACAAGCCCGGCCUGCAGCUCCCGCUCUUCCUUCUGUUCCUCGGCAUCUACGUGGCCUCCACGGUGGGGAACCUGGGCUUGGUUGUCCUGAUCGGGCUCAGCGCUCAGCUUCACACCCCCAUGUACUACUUCCUCCGCAACUUGUCCUUCAUUGACCUCUGCUACUCCUCGGUCAUCAUCCCCAAGAUGCUGGUGAACUUUGUGACCCAGAGGAACCUCACCGCCUUUCCCGAGUGCAUGGCCCAGCUCUUCUUCUUCUGCUUCUUCGGCAUCGACGACUCCUACAUGCUGACGGCCAUGGCAUAUGACCGCUAUGUCGCCAUCUGCAGCCCCCUGCAUUACCACGCCACCAUGUCCCGCAGGACCUGCCUGCUGCUGGUGGCCGGCGUGUACAUGGUGGGGGCCUUCGGGGCGCUGGUGCACACCACCUACAUCGCCAGCCGCUCCUUCUGUGGAACCAACGUCAUCCACCAUUACUUCUGUGAUAUCCUGCCGCUUCUGGCUAUUUCUUGCUCGAGAGACCACAGCAAGGAGCGCUGGGUGAUGACGCUGGUUGGGUUCAAUGUGUUCGCCUGCGCCCUGGCCAUCGUCAUCUCCUAUGCCUUCAUCCUGGCCAGCAUCCUGCGCAUACGCUCGGCCGAGGGCAGGGCCAGGGCCUUCAGCACCUGCAGCUCCCACCUGGCCGCCGUCGGCGUCUUCUACGGCUCCAUCCUCUUCAUGUACUUCAAGCCAGCCACCGACGACACCACCCAGGAGAAGGUGGCCUCCGUCUUCUACACCACCGUGAUCCCCAUGCUCAACCCCCUCAUCUACAGCCUGAGGAACAAGGACGUGAAGGAAGCCUUGAAAAAGAUCCUGAGAGGUGGGACACUCCCUGAGUGA